GACUUCAUGAUGGAGGAUGCCUCACAGCUAUUGCCGGACAAGCGCGGGUGGCUACAACAACCUCCGCCUUUGCCUUCUGGUGCACUGGUGGCACUGGAGUGGUCACAUGGGGCAAUCCCAUGUGUGGUGGUGACAACUGCCGAGUACAAGAUCAAUUGAAAAACGUCCAGCAAGUCUCAGCCACCUUCAGUGCAUUUGCUGCUGUCUUGGCAGAUGGGACGGUGGUGACCUGGGGCGAUGCGAGCCGCGGUGGUGACAGCACCCAAGUUGCAGAUCAGCUGAGGAAUGUGUGGCAGAUCCAUGGCUCCCAUGGGGCAUUUGCUGCGAUUCUGCAAGAUGGCGCAGUUGUAUCCUGGGGCCAUCCGCAGUAUGGUGGUGACAGCAGCCUCCUACAGCCGCAGCUCUGCCAAGUUCGUCAGAUCACCGGCACUGCUGGUGCCUUUGCAGCGUUGGGCCAUGGUGGGCUACGCACCUGGGGCGAUGCGGCGUGGGGGGGCGAUAGCAGCAUGGUGCAGGACCAGCUUACAAAUGUGCAGCAGGUUUUCGCCACGAACCGAGCCUUUGCUGCGUUGAAAGCAGAUGGAAGAAUCGUGACCUGGGGUCAUCCUGGAUAUGGCGGAGAUAGCUCCAAGGUACACGAUCAGCUCCAUGAUGUGGUGAAGGUGGUUGCCACUCGUCAUACCUACGGCGCUGCCUUUGCCGCACUUCGAAGCACUGGAUCGGUGGUGACGUGGGGCCACAGCCUCUAUGGAGGGGACAGUAGUCUGGUGCAACAUCGCUUGAGGAAUGUGCGGCAUAUUUCUGCCACCCUCAGCGCGUUUGCUGCUGUGGGAGAAGAUGGACGUGUCACUACAUGGGGCGAUGCAUUCCUGGGUGGUGACAGCACUGGAGUUCAAGAUCAGCUUGUUGGUGUCAGAGAAAUUUCUGCCACCAGUGGAGCGUUUGCUGCGAUGGCUGAUGGACAUAUUGUCACCUGGGGUGAUGCUUCGCUGGGUGGCGACAGCAGCCAUGUCGCGACAGCUGGGCUGCGAGAAGUUUUUGAAGUGCACGCGACGGAUGGGGCAUUCGCUGCGAUCCUUUCAGAUGGAAGCGUGGUGACAUGGGGCCAUUUGAAUUACGGCGGGAACAGCGCCAGGGUGCAAGAUCAGCUGCGAAAAGUGUAG